AUGUGUAAAGGAAAUACACGAUGCCUGAACCACAUCGUCGACUCAGAAGAGCUUACUAUCGCGCCAGAAGAUAUUGACGAAUGCUUAGAUAACGUAAAUGACAUCGUUUUGAAUCGCAGCGGUCUUAGAAACUACGGAAGUACUUGCUACCUCAAUGCAUUCCUUCAGAUCUAUUUUCACUUUGCUGAACUUCGACAAGCUAUCUACCAACUACCUUAUGAUCAAUCCUCUCCAGAGGGCGUAAUCGAGCAGCUGCAGCUGAUCUUCAGCCAAAUGCAGCUCAGUCGUGAGGGCCUUGUUGAUCCCGGAGGUUUGAUUGAAGCUUUGCAUCUCUCAGAGCGUGACCAACAGGUAGGAGUCAUUCCUCUAUCUUCCGGCCGAUUUGAUUGGCUAAAUCUGAUCGAGUAUUGGAGACAGCGGUUUAAAUAUUCAAAGGAGCCGGUGGAUUAUUGUCACAGAGUCCAAUGUCAGGAUCUCUGGGUUGUUUUAAUGUUCGAAUUCUUUUUCAAGGAUGCACCAGAAUUCCAUAGUCUCUUUAUGAGCCUCCUCGAGACUCGCUUUUCCUCCGUCGGGCAAACAGCUAUUCGCAAUCUUUUUCAGGGAUCUUGUGUCUAUGAGACUCGCUGUCAGACAUGCGGAUUCGUGUCCCGACUUCCCUCACAAUUUCUGGAGCUCGAUAUCAAAGUCUCCACCGGUUGUCUUGAAGAAUAUAUCCAGAAAUAUCUUGCUGAGGAGGAACUAACAGGUGACAAUCAAUACGCCUGUCCGCAGUGCGCCAUGAAGCGGGACGGGUCGCGACGAGUACGCAUCACGGCGACACCACUGAUGCUGUGCAUCCAGCUCCUCCGCUUUAAUUAUGAUCAGCGUCUCGGUCGGCGAGUGAAACAGGCGGCUCCGGUUCGUCUUCCUGAUCUUCUUGAUAUGGGGCCCUACAUAUCUCCGGAACAUCCAUCAAACUCGCCUGAGGGUGGUGUAAAGAAACGUUUUCUUUAUCGUUGCUCUGGUGUUCUUCUACACCUGGGACGCUAUUCAACUUCUGGACACUACAUCGCUGUGGUACGCUGUUCCGAUGUUGACAAGGAUUUGUGGAAGGUCUGCAACGAUGAGCGGGUCUUCACGGUUCCUGUAGAUGAAUUCGACCUUUCGAAAGUGAAUGCUGCUGCUACCAGUGCUACAAGCGUUCGUUCUACUCCAAAGAAGCCUGCCUCUUCAUCGAGCAAAUUGGCGGCAAUGAAUGUCGAGAGCGAUACAGUAGAAAAUGUGAACACUACCAAUGUAGACGGUGAUAAUGUUUACCAUGUCUCGCCCUCGGCGUAUAUGGUAUUCUAUCGUCUAAUUGAAACUGAUGACGCACCGGCAAAUAGUGAGGGGACUGCGAUGGAGAUCGAUGUACCAGAUCACCUUCGUCGAGUCGUCGAUGCGAGUAAUGUGGCUUUUACGAUGGAGAAUUUAAACAAGCGUCUAAAGAAGUAUAACUGUCGUCCAUGUGCUUCUACACCAGUGUCGAUUCAGGCAUUUGCGGCAGUUACUUCUAUGAAUAGUUUGAGCGCAUUUCAUGCUGUUUCUCCCUUUAUUAUUCUCCGAAGUUUCGGCUUAACCUGGAUUGAACAGAAACAACAGACGCUUGGUCAGCUGAUUCUACGACGCUACAUCCUUGAAAAUCUUCGCACUGUCAAGGGGAAAAAAUCACUUCCAUGCAAGCGCCGAAAGCCGAAUUCUUCCUUUGACAGCAAUGGUGGUGAUGUCAACUGCACUUCUAACGUCGUAAAUUUAGUUAGUGACGAUUCCGAUGAUGAAAGCUCCACUGGUGGUGAUCUCGACGACAUUUGCAUAGUUCCGACAUGGUGGCUCGCGGAGUGGCUUAACAAGCCUCAACUCCCACCUCCCCAGUUAUACUUUCCACCCCAAGAUAAAGCUGUCUUUGUUGAAGCUCGUCAAUUCACUGGCACCCUGCCGAUAUUCUGUACACACAAUCGUAUCUCUCCAAAUGUCCACCUACAGCACAUUAGAGCAGUAUCGCGGUCCGGGUUGUCUCGGUGCUUCAACCUUUCUCUGGAUCUUGAUUGUGGCGAAGUGGUUGCUCCUAACUCCAUUUCCUCGCCUUUUACCUCAGUAGAGGCGGCUGCAGCUCUCUCUCCCUGCAUCGAUUGUCUCCGAUGGCGAGUGGCGGUGAAAGGCUUCAACGAGGAAUGCAAUGCUCUCACCAAAGAGAUUAGUAGAUGGCGCCGUGCCAGCAAAGGUGGGGUCUGGCCUCUCGUCCCCGGUGCUGAGUCCGCGGCAUACGAAGGUCAAAUCCUCGCCUCCCCGCCACGCGUGUAUUUUCUCGGAUCGAAGUCAUUCGCUAAUUGGCGGUCUUUUGCGCAGACGUUCUUUUCAACUGCUGCUAAAGCUCCUUCUCCUCCUCCUACCACAGAGUUCAACAAAGAUGCCGUGUGUCCACACAAUCACUUAUUGGUGGACAACAUUCGUUGUCUUCCACCUUCCCUAUGGCAUCGAAUGGUAGCACUAUUCACUAUUCCCAACACUACCACAACUGUAACUAUGCCGGAAUAUCCCAGCGAUCGUUGUGACCUUUCGCCUUGUCUCCAGUGUGCCGAUGUCAAGGAAAAUUUACUCGCUAGAGCGCAGAAAGAAAGAGGGGCUUUGUCGGGAAUCAUAACAGCUCUUACUUCCGGGUCUUCACAAAGGCAGCUGGAUGGGCUAAUCACCAAUGUUAGAGAGAGCUUGACAGAAGCCAGUGAAGAUGACCGAUUCAUCUACCUAGUUCCAACAGAAUUUAUACAUCAAUGGCGUCGUUAUCUGCGAUUGCCUGCCGUUGUCGCGCCUCCAUCAGAACUACCCUCUGGUCUCGAGGCGCCAGGAGCGCUGUGUAUCCAUGGUUGCGUGAGUCUCACUACACCUCUUAUCGUAAAUUUGAAUACACUUCAAAUGCCCUGGACUGAACUUCUUGAAGAGAACUUGGUCUAUCCCCUCUCCUCUCAUGAAUGGCAUAUCAUGAGACAGUUCUACUCUACCACCUCUGAACAUCCCCCACUGUGUUUAGUCGCCUUGCAAAAUGGUGAAAAUCAGGAGGACAUGGAUCAAGAUUAUAAGAUGCAAGAGGCAGUUUUGCCAAGACAACAGCAGUUCUGCCUAGUAGACGCGCCAGAAGUCUGCAAUGAGUGCUACGCUCAGGUACAACAACGGCGAUGCAAUUUUGUUGCUGCCCGCAUUUUCAUUCGUCAGGUGGCUGGACCGGCUGAGGCCUUGGCUUUUAACUUUGCAUCCUCGGCUUCAGCAGAACAGACGAUAUCGUCCGUUCAGUCGCCGACGAAGGAAGCAUCUUCCACAUCUACUGCAGUGGUGCGACGUUCUCAGCGAAAGCGGGUUAGUAGGGAGGACAGCAUUCUUCGCGUAAACAGUUUCACCAAGUUGAUCGAUUUAAGAGUCCAACUCAUUAAUGUUGUCGGUGCAGCGCCGUAUGAUCAACACAUCCUACUUAAUGGGAUAGAAUUGACGGAUAACACAAGCAGUCUCUACCAGCUGGGAAUUCGACCAGAAACACGUCUCCUUGUUUGGGUCGACACACCUACCUCGGAGGCCAUUGCUGAGGCCUCCAAAAAAUCCCCUACUACUCCGUCUGGCAGCGUCAACAGCUCCUUCCCUCCCGGUGAUGAUCGUCAAGUGGAGACGGGAUUUAAGGGGACACGGCUAUUAAAUUACUGGUCAUCUGAAGGAAAAAACACCUCGCUUUCGGGCGUCUCUUGA